UCCCCGGGCCCGCCGCGGCCGGCCCCAGUGGGGGGCGGGGAUGGCCUCGAUGGCGGCGGCGAUCGCGGCCUCCCGCACGGCCGCGCUGAGCGGGAACCGGCCUCUGGACGACAAGGAGAGGAAGCGCUUCACCUACUUCUCGUCGCUGAGCCCCAUGGCCAGGAAGAUCAUGCAGGACAAGGAGCGCAUCCGCCAGCGCUACGGGCCCGACUGGGAGCGGCUGCCCGCCCGCCGCCAGGACGAGCUCAUCGACCGGGGCCUGGUGGAGCCGCACGUCCAGGCCCGCUACGCCGCGCACUGCGCCGCCCCCUCCGCCGCCGCCCCCGCCGCCACCGGACAGAAAGUGGUGCACUUCGGAGACGAGGACCUAACUUGGCAGGAUGAACACUCUGCCCCUUUCUCCUGGGAGACCAAGAGCCAGAUGGAGUUCAGCAUCGCCUCUCUGUCCAUCCAAGAGCCGAGCGGCAGCCUGACCCAGACCGACCCACGGCCGGCGGCCAAGCCCACCGUGGGCGGCAAGACUCCCGGCGCGGACGGCCCGGGGGCACCCAGGAAGGAAGAGGAGUCGUCGUCCUUCUGGAAGAUCAGCGCCGAGCGCUCGCGGGUGGAGGGGACGCAGGCCGAGCUCCCCUCCCUGACGCCCAGCCAGAUCAAGUCCCUGGAGAAAGGGGAGAAGGGGCUCACUCCCUACCUCCGCCCCGAGCCCGCCCCGUGGGACCGGGAACCGGCCAGGGCCGAGAGGCUCGGUGCCCCGCGGCAGGAGAGGACCCUCCUCCCCGGCCUGGGCUCCGAGCGGGAGAGAGCCUGGCCCGGCCCAGCGUCGCCCACCAAGGCGGGUGACUCCUGGCUCCCCGAGCCGGCCCACGUCCCGGCCUCCACAGCCAGCAGGCAGGACGGCGCAGGAAGCGACGACGCGGCCAGCGACAGCGCGGGAGGGGAUGUCUUCGAGUCUGUUUCUGUGCAGCCCAACCCGAGCAAGGUCCUGUUGAAGACGGGAUUUGAUUUCCUGGACAACUGGUAGACGGUGGGCCGCGCCGUCCGGGGGCGAAGAUCAAGAAAGAGGUGACCCUUCCCCCCGGCUUUUCCCCUCACGACCUUCCUGUUCCUUUCCUUGGAAUCGUUUCCAAGGGCUAAGAUGUUACUGCCUUUGCCAAUUUUUGUUUCGGAAGACGAGGCGUGCUUAUCGUUCCGGCGAUUGGUCGAGGAUGAUCUUUUCUUGGGAUUUAAAAAAUCAGUGACCGGUGGAAUAAAUAAUAACUCCCCUCCCACCCCUUCCCAGAGAUUUUCUACAGAGAGCCGGAUGGAAGCCCCACCACCGGGUGAGCCCCUCCCCAACCCGAGGGCCCUAGGUCCGGGGGCUCCGUGCCAGCCUUUGGACCCCAGCGACGGGGCAGAGCUGGCCCUGGGACAACAUGCCUAUUCAGACUUAGGGCCCGCAGGGUCCUCCCUGGCCCAAGCCACCCUCCUGCCCGAGCGCUGCUCCCGGGGGCCCGGCUGGCCGGGAGGGACCUCUCCCUUGGGGAAUGUUUGUGCCCACGUGGCCACCUUGGAACCAGCCCCACGCAGGAGCGGUCAGGGCCGAGAGCUCGGUAUGGCGCUUAGGCCUAGAUUAGCGUGGAGCGGCGUUGGUCGCCACCCUGGCCGGGGGUUCCCCCGGAGCAGAUUGCCACCUGGGUCCGGUCACUGCUGGCGAGGGUGUGGGACUGGAGGGUUCUGGAGAGAGAGCUAGACUGGCCAGGACCAGUGGCCUCCCUGGGCCCCCCACAGGGAGAGGGAAAGUUGGACCAAGAUCCCCCCUCCAUCCCCCAAGUGCUCCCCGAGGCUGGGCCUGCACCCUGGCUGGUCAGUGCUGGGAACAGCAGCCAGGGUGGCCGGCCUUUUCCUUCCCUGCGCCCAACUCACCGGAAGCCUUGGCUCCGCGUAGCCUCAGUCCAGCGACUACCGGGUCCGGGGGUCCAGGGGGCGCGAGGCGGGGGUCCCGUGGCUCUGGGACAUUCUUUCUAGGGGAACAGUCUGCCAGGCUUCUUCCCCACCACCGCCUCCGCAUUGGCUCCCCUUACUGGCCGGUCAGGCCGAGCUGGGCUCAUCCUUACCUUCUAAGAUGGCCGCAGCGGGGAAAGGGCCGAGCCGACCGCAGCAGAGGUUAGAGUGCAAUAGCCAAUAACCGCCCCAACCUCGCAGAAGCUGCACCGGAACCCCAAAAUCUUCUCAGGAUCGGUGCUCCGCCCCCCAGACUCCCCCUUCCACGACUGUGCCCCCUCUCAGAGGCCCCACCCCCAAUUUGGCUGAACACCGUCCGGGACAAACCAGGUUUUGCCUUUUUACAUCUAAGAGGACAGGAAUUUUUUAUUAAAAUCUUUUCAGCUAAAGCCAAGGCCCAAUUUUAUAGUCUCCCGAGGCCCCCGGGCUCCAACUUGCCCAUUGAGCACAACGCAUCGGGGGUUCGCGUGCCCCUGCCCCUCCCUCCGACCCAGAGGGUGGGAUAAUCCGGAGUCGACCCCUGACCGCCAGGGACCCCCCCACCCCGGGAAUAGCCGAGGGUAGGCGUGGUGGGGGCCGGUGGGGAGGGACUCCGUGCGUGCCCGUUCCUCAGCCCGAGCAGCUGGCACUGGGGCAGGGGCGUUGCUUCUCCCGGUCUUUGAUACGCAUUUUCCAGAAAACCUUCUUACUGACAACUGUACUUGGCCACAUUUUGUAUUAACAUUAACCUUUAAUAAAUAAAUCACUGAGAGCA